AUGUGGAAGUUUAUUACCAUAAUAAUAUUUUCCAUAUAUUAUAUUGACGGAAAAAGUAUAUUGAGGAAUAACAAAAGUCAUAACAAUUUGCCUAUAUCAAAAACGAAUGAAGAAGAGGAAGGUAAAAUAAAUAUAAAUAAUUUAAAGCCUAUAAAACAACAUGAUAAUAUUAUAGAAGAUGUACAUAUUAAGGAGAACAAAUUUAUUUCCAUAAAAAAUAAAGACAAAAAUGGUUCCUUUAUUGAUUUAAGUAUGAGAUAUAAUGAAAAAGAAUCUGAUAAUGAUGAGGAAGAAGAAGAAGAUGAAGAAGACAAUGAAGAUAAUAACACAAAUAAUAAUAAUAAUAAUAAUAAUAAUAAUAACAAUGAUGAUGAUCACCAUAAUGAUGAUGAUCAUCAUGAUAAUAAUGAUAAUCAUGAUAAUGAUAAUAAUGAUAAUAAUAAUAAUAAUAAUGAUAAUAAUAAUAAUAAUAAUGAUAAUAAUAAUAAUAAUAAUGAUAAUAAUAAUAAUUCCUCUGCUGCAUUCACAGCUCUUCCUCCACCACCACCUCCUGUACCUCCCCCACCUCCACCAACAUUAACACCUUCAGGUAUUGUAGGUAAUGUUCUUUCAACUUUUGUAUCACAUGGUUUAAAAUUAAUCGGAGUACCCUAA